GGGAAGUCACGUAUUGGAAUUCCAGCUGAAUUUCUAGCUUAUUUUUAGAGCGCCAUUCUUUGCUCUCUAGCUACCAGUGCAGUACUACGAGUUGUCUAGUUGAACAUCCUCUUCUGAAGACGGCCAUUCAGAAAAUUGCGGGACUACGAAGACUUUGCUUGGCUCUGUUAGUAAUUCAGAAACCAUUUCAUCCAGCAUAGAAGAAGGGCAAAAAAUAAUUAUGUCUAAACAUCAGGGACCAUACGAUGAGAGCAUCAUCGAAAUGAGCCUUACGCCAGGUAUAGGUUAUGAUUUCAACAGUCCUGAGGCUCUAUUGCAACAUCCAGUACGGACACCUCAACCUGGAGAACCUCAAGCAAGCAACAAAUGGAAGAGGCCAACAGUUGCGGAAAUUCUUUCAGUUAUGAACCCAUGGUGGAAUACGAUUCUUGUAACUUCAUGUGUGAUUGCAGUUUUAUUUGAUCCUUUGUUCUUUUACAUUCCAUACAUCAAAGAGGAAGAAAAGUGCAUGGGAAUCGAUAAACAAGUGCGGACUGCAGCUCUGGUUUUUCGAUCAGUCACGGACAUCACUUUCCUAGUGCAUAUCAUAUACCAACUCCGUGAAGCUAUCAAAUCUGCAGCCUCAAAGAUUCCAAGGGAUACCAAUUCGGAUUGGGAAUGGGAAUCGGUAACCCGAGUUCAGAUGAUUCAGUUUGCAAAAGAAUUUUCUCGCAAAUUGUCAUGGCGCUCUUUCCUAACUGACGUUUUUGCUAUUUUCCCUAUGCCACAACUGCUAAUAGUAGGGUUGUUUUUCGAAAUGGAAGGCCGUAACUAUUUACUGAGAAGAAAGAUUCUGAGCGGUUUUCUUCUAGUCCAAUAUGUGCCAAGAAUUUAUCGAAUUUAUCUAUCGUCUACUGUAGUUACACAGUCCGCAUUAUGGAUUAAAGGUGCAUUCAAUUUUUUCCUCUACGUUCUUGCCAGUCAUGUACUGGGAGCCUUUUGGUAUUUUUUUUCUAUUCAGCGAGAGAUAUCAUGCUGGUAUCGAACUUGCAUUGAUACAAAACAAGCAGAAUCAGAAUGCACUUUUUACUGCCAUGACAAGACUGCAAUUAUUACCAAAGAAUUCAAUAGAACUCUAGGAGAUCUUUGCCUUGUAAAAGUUCCAUAUAAUAUGACUGAUCCACCAUUUGAUUUUGGAAUAUUUUUUGAUGCCCUCAAAAAUGAUAUCCAGGGGCCAAUAAACUUUCCAACAAAGAUUGGUUACUGUUUUUGGUGGGGCUUGCGAAAUUUAAGUUCUUUUGGCACAAGUUUGGAAACAAGUACCUAUCUGUGGGAAAACAGCUUUGCAAUUCUUAUUUCUAUCAUCGGCUUGCUAUUAUUUCUAUAUCUCAUUGGAAAUGUUCAGAUAUAUAUGGAGAGGGCAACUACCAGGGUGGAGGAGGUAAGAGAGAAGAUUCUGAUAAAAAAGAACGAUAUAGAAAAGUGGAUGGAAAAAAAUGGUCUCCAAGAUGACAUGAAGGAAGAGAUCAUGAAAAACAUCAAGCAAAAAUUGGAAGAGGACAUAAAUGCAGAUCUGGAGGAUCUAGUCUCUAUUCUUCCCUGGUAUACCAAGAAAGCUCUAAAGCGCGUUCUCUGCAUGAGUGCGCUAAGAAAAGUACCAAUGCUUAGCCAGAUGGAUGAAAAAGUUUUGAAAAUGAUGUGCGACUAUCUGAAGCCCGUGAAUUACCCUGAGAAUACCCUGGUUUUUCAGAUGGGAGAACCACUUGAUCGAAUGGUCUUCAUUACAGAAGGGUUUAUGUGGACUUACACGACUCCUACUGAGAGUAGUCAUUUUGGAAAAGCAGCAGGACUGGCUACUUCUCCAUCCAUGGACACCAACUUCCUCAAGAAGGGUGAUUCUUAUGGACACGCUCUUCUGCAGUUUGCAUCAUCAUCUCUUGUGGCACUCCCUACCUCAGCUGCAAAUGUCCGGUGUCACACAAAGGUAGAGGCGUUCGUUCUCAUGGCCAAGGACUUGAAAAACAUAGUAACUAAAUGCGAAAAUUUUUGGCCUUUCGACUACAAUGCUUCUAAAGAUGAGGCGGUGAAUCAGGUCACACCCCUGGGCCAGUUUCAGCAACAACAAAUGCCAAAGAAGCGUGUAUCAACAUCGAUCAUCAACCCCACCGGCUAUAGUGGAUGAUGCGAAGCUGAAGCCUGCAAAUCGCCCCUAGCCAGUGAUCAAGGGCACUUGUGCAUUUGCCCGGCUAGAGCUAUCGAUCAACUCCUUCAAGCUGGCUAGUUUUAUUAAUUACAUAUAUAUCGUCGUUUCGUCCUUGUGUCGCUGUGUACUUGAGCUUAUUUGCUACUUGUUAUCGAUCG